UUUUUUUAGGCAGCAUUAAUUGGUCGACGAGAAGAAGUCAUACGUGAUCUUAUUGAUAUUAUUGAUAAUGAAUCAAACCGUCCAUUAAAAUAUGAAAAUCGUUUAUGGUCAUUUAUAUUAGCACUUGAAACAUUUGUUGAACUUAAUAUAGAAUAUGAUGAAAAUUUAUUAAAUGAAAUAGCACUUGCUAUUGAUUAUGUUCUUGAACAUUUAGAAAAGAAAACAUCAACACCAGGAGAUAUUCAUAAAUUUUUAACAAUGGUUUUUUAUGCACAAGCUACUUUAGUAGAAUGUUAUACAAAAAUUGUUAAAUUGGAUAGAGCAAAUCAGCAUUAUAUGCGUGCAAUUAAAUUUGGUAUGUCAUUAAAAGAAUGGACAUUUCGUGUUUGUAAUGGAAUGCUUAAAUUAGCUAUAUAUGAAAUAUAUGAAUGUACCAAAUGGCUUAUUGAUACUCGUAUAUCAAUACUUCCAAACGAAAUUCAUGAACAUUUAAUUAUAAAUCAUAUGUAUGAUAUAAGUAAACAUUUUAAAUUAUUACGACCACGUUAUUUAAUGUGUUUGGCUCUUAAACUGUUAAUAACUGGUUACCAACGUUCAGCUAAAACUCAAUUUGCUAAUGCAAUUCGUCUUGCUAAUGACCUUGAAUUAGAUUCUGAAAGAAAACAUAUUGAAAUGACAAGAAAACAAAUAUUUAAAGUAAUUACAAAGAGAAAAACAAAGUCAAUUAAUAAAAUCAAACAAAAAUGA